AUGCUGCUCCGCUCAUUUCUACUCAUUUGUGCGGCUACGCUGUUUGUUGGUCUCAGCGAAGUUUCAAGUUCAAGUCAUACCAAUUCAUCGGAUUCAAAGGAGAGGCAUGUAGUCGUACCAACAGCUGUCGCCUCGAAACUGAGAGACGAUUUAAAUAAGGCUCUAAACAAACUUCCCAGCAUCUUGAAGCGCGAUGCCACCACCCUACCCGAGAAUGUUGGGCCAAAGACAAAUAAUCCCCUUACAAAUGCGUUUACUCCACAAAAAUCGACACCAAAUCACCAAGUGGAUCCAAGUGUGGUACCAACGAUAAGUUUAGCUCAGAAGAUGAGGAUCAAGAAAAGGGAAGAAGCUAGAAAAAUACUUGAAGAAAUUAUGAAGAGGCCGCCGAAAUAUGUCAUCAAACCACCACCGACGCGGUCAGCUGAAUUUUACAAGAAUCCAGCAGUGCGAAACGCUAACAAAAAACUUGAAGAAAUUAUGAAGAGGCCGCCGAAAUCUGUUAUGGAACCAUCACCGAAACCUGUUAUGGAACCACCACCGAAACCUGUUAUGGAACCACCACCGAAGCGGUCAGCUGAAUUUUACAAGAAGCCAACAGUGCGAGACACUAAUAAAAGACUUAAGGAAAUCAUGAGUCGUGCGGAUGAAAACGCCGCACCCGUUUAA